AUGGAGAACUUGAUCGGAACACCUUUGAUAGAAAAAAAAAAAAAGGAAAGUCAUAUAAGCAUAAGAAAGGAUAAAAAAUUGAAUGAUAUUGAGGGGGAAAAAAAAGAAAAAAAAAUUAAGGAAAGAUUAUUUUUGUGUCUUAUAUGCCUACUAGUAAUAAUAUGGUUAAUUUACUUUUGUUAUAAAAACCAUAUAUUUUUAUCAUAUUUACAAAAUGAAAAAGAGUAUGGAAUUAUUAUAGAUGCUGGAUCGAAUGGAACCCGAAUUCAUUUAUUUGAAUGGAAAAAAAGAGAAUAUGAAUUAAGUAAUAAGAAAGAAGAAAAUAAUUUAAUAGAAUUGAAGGAAAUAUUUAAUGCCAAGGUAAAAAAGAGUAUCUCUACUAUUUCUUAUAAUGAGAUAAAAGAUAUAUUAAUAUAUUUAAUUAAUAAAGUUAUUGAUCAUUUAAUAGAAAAAAAAAUUUAUGUAUAUAAUAAACAAAAAUGGAAAUCAUAUCCAUUUUAUUUUCAAGCAACAGGAGGAAUGAGAAAUUUAAAACAAGAAGAUAGAAAUUUAAGAAUGAAAUAUAUAAAAAAUAUAUUAUCAAAUGAUAAUUAUAAUCCAUUUUAUUUUUUAAAUGAAUAUGCAAGAAUUUUAUCAGGAGAAGAAGAAGGUAUUUAUGGAUGGCUAGCUGUAAAUAAUUUAUUAAAUAGUAUUUUUUCUAAACCUAAUAAUACAUAUGGUGCAAUAGACUUAGGAGGAUCAUCUACUCAAAUUACAUUCUACCCUAUGGAUCAUAAUAUCUUAGAAAAUUAUAAUUCAAUUUUGUUAAAUAAUAUAUUAAUAAGAUUAUAUUCUCAUUCUUUUAUAGGAUAUGGAUGGAUAGACUCAUUAUUUAGAGUAAAUAUAUAUUUAUGUCUAGAAAUAAUAAAAAAGUUGAGCACAAGAAAUAUAAAGAAUAUAUAUCAACUUGAAAAUUAUUAUGAUGAUUAUAUCAAUGAUUAUUUUUAUAACAACUUACCAAAUUAUAAUUGGUUUUUUUAUUCAACCAAAAAAAUAAUAAAUAACAAUAAAGAAAAUUAUAAUCAUCAUAAUUAUGAGAAUAUAAAUUAUGAUGUUAACAAAAGAAAUUAUCCUUAUAAUAAUUUUCAACAAAAAUAUAUUCAUACAAAUCCAAAAAAAGGAAAUUAUACAAAAGGAAAUAUAAAUAAUUCAAAUAAAUCAUAUAAAAACCUUUCGAAUAUAUUAUUACAAGAAAUUGUAAAAUAUAUACAACAUUCACAAAACGAUUAUCCAUAUUCUUCCUUAACAGAUAUAUAUGAUUAUACAUACAAUAUUUAUGAUGAAAAACCAUAUGAUAUUGAAAAUUUUAUAAAAACAAUCAAAAAUUUUAACAGACACUCAAAAGAAGAUACUAUAAUGCUUGUACAAAAUCCAUGUUUACCUUAUCCCUAUGAAAUGAAAAUAACAUUCCCUACGUACAACCUAGUAACUAGCCAAUUUGUCAUUCUAAAGAAAAAUAGUAGAAAUGAAAUAGGAAAUAUAAAUGACAUAAAAAAUGAUGGUAAUAAUUAUACACAAAAUGAUGAUAAUAAUUAUACACAAAAUGAUGGUAAUUAUUAUAGACAAAAUGUUGGUAAUUAUUAUAGACAUAACCAUAAUAUUAAUGACGUGUACGAAUUAAAUAGUAGUGAGAGUUAUGAUAAUUUUAUUUCAAAUUUUGUUCUUAAAUUAAAAAUAAUAAACAAUAAUAUGUCCCUUAUGGAUAAUAUAUAUGAAGAUUUUAAAAACAAGGGAUAUUUAAAUAAUGUUUUGAAAAAAGUAAAUGAUAAUAAAAUAAGUAAUACUCUGAAGAAUGAAAUAAUAAAACGUCUUUUUGAAAAAAUAAUUAAUGAAAAAAUUAAAAAGCUAUAUAUAAAUAUAACAGUAAGAAUAGUCGGAUCCAAUGAUUUUAAGAAAUGUUUAGAAAAUACAAAAAAGCUUUUUUAUGAACAACCUUGUUUUCUUUCUUCUUGUAGUUUUAAUGGAAUUUAUCAACCUAAUUUAGAAAACAAUAAAUUUGUUUUACAUGGUCAAUUUAAAAAGGUUAUAACUUAUUUAGGUUUUAAAAAAUAUGUAGAUUUAAAUCAAAUGAAGAUAUAUAUACAGAAAUUAUGUAACAUGAAUUUAUAUGAAUUAACAUAUAAUAUGUCUAAUAAAAUUAUGCAUAAUCAAAUUCCUACAUUUUGUUGGAAAUCUAUAUGGUCUUAUUCAUUAUUAUUUUAUGGUUUUAAGUUUAAAGAAACUACUAAACUUUUAAUUAUAAAUGAUAAUACCAAUAUUUCAUAUGAUUCAUCAAGUACUUCACAGGCAUCAAAACAAUUUUAUAAAAGGGUUGAAAAUAAGGAACAAAAUAAUUAUUUACACGACAAAACAAAUUAUAAUAAUGAAUAUAACUUAAAUAACAAAAUAGAUAAUAUUAGUUGGACUCAUGGAUCUAUGAUAUACCAAAUUAAUAUAUUUCAAGAGCGUUUUAAUUCAAGAAAAUAUAAAUUAUACAGUGAGGUUUUCUUUGUGCUUUUCCUUAUAAUUUUUAUUAUCCUUAUUAUUCUGGGAGGCUAUAUUUUUAAAUUCAAAGAAAUAUUAAACAAAAAAUAUCGAUUUUUAUAA